AUGUCCCACUUUUCUUCUUCCUCGAGUGACAGCAGCAGCGACGACGGCAUAUUCACGCGGCGAGUAGAGUUUCAGCAGCGGCAGCGUGGUGCAUCAUCCUCAUCAUCUAGCGUUCCAGCUUCAGGGCCGUCUGCCACUCGCGAUGAAGUGGCCACUAUAUCAGAGAGCGCGCUGCCUUGCAGGGUCGAUGCGGUGGAGGCACCGACUGCAGCAGGAGCAACCAUCAGCCGUGCACGCUCACAGCCCCCUGAUGUCGUGCCAGUGGUGCUUUCGGAGAGGGUCACAACUCAGACAUCCCUGCAGAGUGCCUCUACGGGGUCGGAGAACAAGAGUAGCCCUGGUGGGUCGCCCAUUCAGCAGCGGCGUGGCCGUGUUGCGGGGGCUCGACCCCCAGCAAUCAAGGGCUCACUCGGUACCCCUACCGAGCCGGCAACAGAGCCGAAACAGCAGCGAGGUCGCCGUUCCUCCGUCUCCAACCCUGGGUCUCCCUUGGCGCUCCCGCCGCCCAGCCGCUCGUCGAGUCGACAGCGACGCACCUCGGUGCACUCCAUGAGCACCACGGACCUUGUAGUUGCCACUCUAGUGCGAGCGUCGUCCAACACGCUGUCGACACCCACCAACAAGCGUGCAGGUGGUCGUGGCGGAGGCGGCAUUCGCCGCCGGCACCCUCGCGGUGCUGCCACCACCUCUCUGCGCGCAUUGUCACCCGUCUCGGCGUCGCCGACGGCCAGCGCUGUCAACGCUCGGCUGCUAAGCGAUGAGGCUUAUCUCGACAUGUUCCACAUCCCGGCCCUCAUCGCGCAGCUUUCGCUAUCGCUGAUGGCGGCGAAGCCGGUCGACCCGCGUGCGUUCACCCGCGACUGGCUGGCUGACCGCCUUGUGAGCGAAGAAGACGAAGACGACGAUAACAUUGACGAUGGCGGCGGCAGCACCAACAGUGGGAGCGGCGCCCGGGAGCAGGAGAGCCAAGUGCUGCCGAGCGACACAGCCGUCCUGACACGCUCAACAGAGCUACCCAGCAGCACGAGCUUUGUAUUCCAGGCCAGCGGCAGCACAAUGGGUGACUUGGCCAGUGACAGCGGCGCCGCAAGGCCAUGUUCGGCGGAGGUCUCGUGCCGCCAAGGUCGCCCGAGGCGACACGCGCGACAACGCCGCCGAGCCAACAUAUCAGGUGAAGAUGAAGCGGACGAUAGCGCAAAGGCACCGCUAGCGGCCGCCGGAGACGGCGACGAGGACAAAACUGGCACGGCCGUCGAUCGGCCUGCGUCCGUGGAGCACGCCAUGCGCAAGCGCAAGGCUUUUGAGCGGCGAGCGCAGCGGAAGCAUCGGAAGAACGUCGCGACUCCGAUUACGUUGCAACAGCGUGGUGUCCGCCGCAUCAACAAUGACGCUGGAUCGCGCAAAAGCGAAAUGUCCGCGUCCUCGAGGAACAACACAAGCGAAGACGCUGGCAGUCGUUCGCCUCCGUGCGGGUCGCUGUUGACCACGCUGGCACCACCGCCCGCAGAGUCCAGCGAGCACAGAGAGUCACGAGCGGCUGAGUGUGAGUCGAGCAGUCCGAUGCAUAGGAGCGAGGAAACCGAACGAAGUGCCACUGCAGCUGCGCCGAGGAGCCUCCCUCCCACACCCAAGGCUUCCUCGUCCUCUUCACCCUCGUCAUCGUCGUCCUUCACCUUCAAGUCUUCUGGAAGUGAUGGCGUGGAGUGGGCACGCGUAGAGCUUCAGUCGCGCCGAACAACGGUCGCUGGCUCCUCAGCCUCCGCCGAGGUUGACAUUCCGUCGUCUCAUCCCAGGAUGGCAAUGGCGAGCGAGCCCAGCACCUCGACGGAGGGGCUUUCAGCGCUGCAUGGAACCACCCACAGCGGGCACGCGGUACGCCAGAGCUCGAACACCUCACGCACCGCUAAGACUGCUGCGAACGACGUUCCAGCUUCGGUGACGGCGGAACACAAGGGCACCCAUAAGAGCAGCAGCAGCAGCGCCAGUGAUCGCUACACUGGUGAUAUUGGUGCCUUCACCAGCCCACCACAGCGACGUAUCACUGCCAUCCCCCCAACGGUGAGUGCAUCUACGGUCGCAUCGGCUACUAGUCUCCUUGGCGCCAACACCGAGGUCAACCCCAGUCCCGCUGCGCAGCAGCAGCAGCAGUUUGAGGCACACGGACCGGCGACACUGGUGCAUGAUCGUGUUGGUCACACCAGCGACCAAGCCACCGAGCUUUCUACUACUGCUUCCUCGACCACCCGCCCAGAAGCCUCAGCGGCGAAGCACGGCGCAGUCAAGGAGGAGUUUUCGAGGAGCGACAGCGAAGCAGGGGAAGGUGGAGAGGCAGAGCGUCACAGCAGCAGCGCAGCGGCAGCGGCAGCAGAGAGUGACGGAAAUGAUGUCGACGACGACGUCGGCUUCGCCAUAUUUUCUCCCAUCCUCGCUGUGAACGCAACGACGAACGAAGUGAUUGACUAUCGCGAAGCUGGGGUGACACCGCCAUUGGCGCCUGCGUUUUCCCCGACUGGUACUGGCACUUGUGCGCUGCCGUCCUACCCCACUGUCAGCGCAAGUGGGGUCGGAGGCGGCCACCUUGCGCAGACCUACACCUCGACGGCCGUCACACAAUCAUCAGGAUUUCCUCCGUACGCGACGCGGCCCGUCUCCUCCACCUUCAACGUCUUGCCCACGCCGAUGCUCGCCGACUUGGUGGGUUGCGGGGGGCUGACAAACACAAGCUUUGGCCGACGCGGUGUGCCGAACAGCAGCUUUGGUCGGCGUCCCGCGCCCAUGACCGGCGCAGCAGGUCGCUACGCCGACCCGGCAGCUGGCGCUAUGGCAGGGAGCUCGUCACCGCCGACCCCGUUCAUCACACCGCACGCACCGAUGGAUCUGCCUGCGCUCGAUGUUGGGGGUGGCGGCGGGGACGGCGAGUCCCUGGAAAAUCUGCAGCUGCUCGGCUUCCCAAAGCUGAAUUCGAACUUGGCGGCCGGCUCUGUCGUAUCGGUUACUGGGGCUCGGACAAGCGGCUCUGCGGUUGUGGCUAGAGAGGCCACUUCCGUGCAGGAGCGCAAGGCAGUGCAGGAUGACGUCGUCGCAGAUCCCAAUACGGCGGCACCAUCGGCGUUCUGUCAAUCCGCGGCGCUGCACGGCGCCCCCGACGGCGCACGAAACACAAACCUGUCGCUCACCAAGGACACGUUGGGGCCGGUAACGGCGUUAUCGACCGCAUCCUCGCCGCUCUCCUCUACGAUGAAGCUAGAGUCGGCGCGCAGGCUAGGCAAGCUACUCGAUCAGCUCCCCGCCGCCAAGUACGCUGCUGCCAUUGUGUUCCUGGAAGGUCUGUUGAGCAGCAGUGGAGGCAGCAGCGACACGGCCGUGACGCCGGAGAGCGAGUCGAUCAGCAUGAUGGCAACCAUCGGUGAUGCAUCGAACCUCAAUCGCGGUCUUCUGAACAUUACGAACACAGCAACCGACACAACGCUGGGGGGUGUAGGCUUGUCGGAUGACGGGUCGUCGCCGCUGGUUGGGUCGAUCACCCCAGGGAAGCCGUGGGCGGGCACGUUUGGACCUGACCGGAGUCCGACGGGCCGAGCGCCGAGCUUCGCACACCUUGUCGCCGGUGGGAGUAUCCAGGCGCCUGCCUUGCCAGCGAGCGGCCUCAACGAGGAUGGCGUAGGUGCUGUAGGUAUGGUUGGCCGCCCGCCGGCGGGCGGCCACUCGAGGUCUCUCUCCAAAGGCGGGCCCACCUCCGUGGAAGCGUUGGUGCGGGAUGCACUCAGCCAAAGCGUGCUCCGAUCACUCCCGUCAACGCACGAGGAAGUACCUGGCAGCAUGCCCUCAUUGCCCUUGCGCUUGGAGGUCUCGGGGCGUGGCGCCAGCGACGGCACCAGCGUUGGCAUGCAACGUGUGUCCUCUCCCGCACGGCUGGAAAACACACAUGGCGAGCGAUUCGCGAACACCGCUACAUCCACCCCACGCGCCAACACGUCGCGAACGAGCUCACCCGUCCCGGUUGUCCCUGGGGGCGGCAGCGGUGACCCUGCUUCACAGCAUCCACCAUCCCAGUCAGAGCGUAGCAACUUGUCCUUCUAUAAGCAGCCAUCCAGCACCACUAUGUCAAGCCUGCGUCGUCAAUCUUCAUCACCGUCACCCGGCGGAUAUGCGCUCACUGCCGCAGCGCACCAGCAGCAGCAGCAGCAACAACAAUCGGUGACCAGAAAAGCGACAGAGGACCGUCGCGGCAGCGCUGCCGCCACCAUGCCUCCACAGUCGCUCAGUGGGCCGCCGCCGUUGUCCCCCGCAGGUAACUCUAGCCUCGCCACGACGGGCAUCCCUGUCAGCGGGCAAGGGCUAAUUGGCGUGGCUGCACCGACGCAACCGGGCGCAAGCUGCGUGGGUGACCCCGACGAGGCCAGAACGCCAGAGCACAGCACUGCACGCACUGCCACGGCCGCUGAUGUACGAGAGGCGGACAGCGGCAGCAAGGACCACCAGGACGCGGCGUUUGGCGGAUCUGACAACUGCGACCUUGGCAGCUACGCGGCGCAAGAACGCCAAAGCCAGGCAUUGCAGCAUGGCCAUGGCGUUGUCUCCUCCUCUGGCCAGAGCCUCCCCGCUCACGCAAAGGACCAAAACACCGUCGAUUCAUUUUCAGCCGCUGGUGCAGCUGUUGAGACUGCGGAGUCGAGCGCAGCCGUCCCACCGAAAGCGCUGAGGGUCACACAGCGGAGAUGCAGCAACGGGGACAGUGGUUCUGUGUCGCUGCCAGAGCGGCGCGGUGCGCGUGGCGAUUGCGACGAGGGCACCCUCCCUCCACAGUGCGGCACCCAUCAGCAGCUUAUGCCACUCGACGCGGCGGAGAAUCCCAUUAGCCUGCACGCGCAUUCAAAGGAAUCAGUGGCGUCGCUGCCGAGUGGCGCCGCGCCGAUCACCAAUUCAGGUGCCGAUGGCGGUGGCAGUCGACGCUCCGGCAACACCCCGGGAUACUGGCCAGGGACCUUUGACAACUCCCAAGUCUCUGGUUCAGCUGCUGCGGAGGACAUUCAACAGCGCCCGCGGAGCGGUCGAGAACUCUGCAGUAGCGCCGCCAAAUCCUCGCCUGCGUCCGCAGUGGGGAGCAGCGGUGUGGUGGGGUGGGGCGGCACGGUGUCGGGCUCCCCAUCCCCGCCUCUGCACGCGCAGCAUCCACACAGCGCCGGGAGGGAGCUGGAGUUCGAGGAUGUCGAUCUCGGUGCCACUUUGCGGACGGCGGUGGCUCUUGCCGCUGCCGCAGGCACUCAGUCGACGCGAACGGUGUAUGGGAGUCACAGCAGGAACAACGACAGCAUGAACGGGCCUGCCAUCCUGAGCAGCACCUCGGACCAGUCUGCCGGCGUGGCCGUCGUUUCGGGGGGAAGUGUCGUGGCAGCGGAGCCCUUCGCCAGUGCGGAUGCCAAUGAAGGGCUCAGCAGUCUUGCCACAGCGGACGAGACAUACAUCAAUGACCUCUUUGUGACCCACUCGAGCCAGAGCCCCCCUACAUUGCAGUGCAGCAACCGCAAAACCCUGCCAAGCAUGGUGGAUGGCAAGGGCGCCGGCGGAGAUCGCGUCUCUCUGCCGCCUUCGCAGACAGUGUCGCUGCUGAACGCGUGCAGCGUCUCCGUCACCGAAGGGGGCGACGUGUCCGCGGCGACCACAUCGACAUUGCCACCAGCAAUAGCGCCAGUGGCGGUCAGCGCAGAAGGGACCGUUCUCGCCACGCCUAUUACGGCAGCGAUAACCCCCAUCAUCGAGCCGUCGACGCCGUCGCCGCCGCUCUCGGAGCUGCCGAUGGUCACGUCAUCCGUUGUGGUCGCAAUGAACUCGUUCUUCUCCCGAGAGGACCACGUCGCACCGGAGGAGCUGGAGGUGGUUCGCGAGGUCGUGGCGCACUACGACGCCUUCGCCUCCUUGGAUGAAACACAGCUGGAGACGCUGGUGCGCACAAUGGGGAGAAUGGAGCUGCAGCGCGGGACCACCGUGGUGCGCGAGGGCGAUAGCACGCUAGGGCAGCUGCUGCUCAUUGUGUCCGGCAAGCUGGCGAUCUCGCGCAAAGGACUCGUCACCCGCACACUGGCACGUGGGCAGUUUUACGGCGAAAUGGAGAUGUCGUACGACGUGGAGCGCAGCCGCGUCACCUUGACAGCCGCCACACCCACCGUGGUGCUAUACGCGCUGCAGAAGGCGGACUACCAUAAGCUCGUCAUUCAUGAGAAGGACGCUCGAAGGUACAUGUUUCUGCAGUACGUCAACGAGUGUGUAUUGUUCAAAGGGCUCUCCCCCUACAUCAAGAUGAGGUUGGCCGACUCCUUCCGCGUGUGCCGGCUACGCAAAGGCGCCAAGCUGACAGACCAAGGCGCGCCAGUGGAGUGGAUGUACCUGCUCAUGUCGGGCAAUGUGCGCAUGACAUAUCAGACCCCACCCAGUUCUGGUGGAGAGACGAACGAUUGCCCAUUGCCAAGGCGCUGUGCUGCGCCAGGGGAGGAUGCGCGCCACACGGUUACCACCUCUCACUCCUUUUCAAACUUUGCCGGCUCGACCACACUCAGCGAGGCACACAUGUCCAGCGCCGCGUCCGCUGCGGCGGCUUCGACGGUCGCCGGCGCUUCCAUGACACGAUGCGGCGCCGCACUCAGCGGCAUUACCAGCUCUCUGUCAUCCUCGCUCACGCCGCUGACCGUCGCUUCCCAGAUGCCGUCUUCCACACUCUUGUUGUCGAAAGCCGCAGUGGCGAGCUUGAACACAAGUGCUCAGCAGCAGGACCUGCUGGCAGUGCGCGCCGCGUCCUCGGCUGAGGCCUGCAAAGGAAGCCCUCUGAUCAGCAUGGUGUCGCCGUCAUCUGGCGCCAACACCGCUACGCCACGCACGCCACAGUUGCUGCACUUGCCGAACGCAAAGGCAGCACACACUAAAAACCGCGGCAAGAGCGAUGACCGCCUCGCAGAGCAAGGCGCAGAUGAUGGGCCGCCACGGCCCUAUAGUUGGCACCCUCGCAGCCGCCGACUGCAGAGUCAGCAGAGCCAGCAGGACCGCAGCGUGAGUGGCUGGCAAGGCCUUUUGCAGCCUAACGCAUCGACAGCAGACUCGCUGGAUGCCGACAACACCAAGCUGCCGUCGCCACUGUCCACUUCAGUCUCUGUGCGGCAGUCGGUGAACACGUUGCUCGACACCAACAUCCACAGCAACGCCGGGAGCACACUGACGACCUCUCUCACAAACACAGCAGCCACCCUUGCAGGGGCAGCCGGCGUGAACAAAACUGUGGUCGUGGUGGAUCGCUCAAAGGGCCAGCUGGUCGGUGAGACGGAGUUCGUGUUCAAGUGCAAGGGCCUCUUCGCCGCCGUCGCCACGACACCUGUGCAGGCAGCGCGUAUCAGUCGCCUGCACUUCGAGGCCAUCAUGACCCGUGCCGUCGUCGAGGAGAUGAAGCACAGCAUGUUGUUGAACCCAGACUACUACUUUUUUGAGUUCACCGUGCCCGAGGCGUUGAAGGAAGACAUGCGGCGCAUGCUGUUCCGAUUGAACGUCGGACCGGCGGCACGCCGGCACACUCGGCACGCGCAGCAUCAGCAGCACCUUCGACAUUCGGUGACGGGGGUGGAGGGCACGAUAUCGGCCUUACGCAGCCGCGGUGGCACAGCCGGAGGGAAUAGGGACAGCGAAGCCGGCCGCCGCCAUUGCAGGCAGAGUAUGGUGUUAUCACGCCGCAUUCAGCGCGAGCAUAACUGCGCCUCCUUCAUGGGCAAUAUAACAGGCGGGCCAGGCGGCUCUAGCAACGGUCCGAACGGGACGACCGGCAGCAGCGGCAGUAACAGUCACAGCACGUCGCUGCCGCAUGCCACAGUGGGCGCGCAGGACGGUAGUCACGAACGCAACGAUGGUAGCACCUCUCAGGCGGGGAGCAAGCGCCACCAGACCAGUCAGCGUCGCUUCCGCACUGCGCCGCUGGAAAUCAGCCCAACGAUGAUGCGCUUGUCGACGGAAAGGGAAACGGCCGACAGCGCUGUCACGGCAGGAAUGGAGUCGUCCGCAUUGCACUAUCUCGCAGCACCAACGGUGUACGGCGGCCCCUUUGCAAGCCCGACAGCGGCCAGCACCACUGUCGUAUCAUCGACGAGUGCCGGAGAGGAUUCGGUGGCCUUCACCCCUGCGCCGGCGGCGACCAUGGGUAGCACGGGCAACGUGAAGGGGAGAGGCAGUAGCAGCGAUGGUGAUCACAACCGCUAUUCUCGCGCCACAGCCCGUCUUACCACGGCUGGGCUGCGCACUAGCUUCACGAAGCACUCCUCCACCACAACGAGUCUCCGACGCCGUGUCAGCACACGUGGAGAGAUUGUCUUCUCGGGUAGCCGCAACCUUUACCGCUUUACAGCAGAGGCGAUGAGCAUGAAUGAGAGCAUCGUUAUCGCCGUCGUCGUGGAUGGCACGAUCAUCCGAUGGAACUCCGUCGCGCAGAGCGUCACCGGCUAUGCGCCGUUUGAGGUGAUCGGCAAGAGCAUUUUCGACUUCAUCGUCUCCGAGGACGGGCGGCAGCACAUGCGUGACACCCUCGCCGUCGCCGCGCGCUUUGCCGGCAAGUGGGAGCAGUACAACAUGCGAAGACUGCAGGAGCAGCGCGUCUUCCCGUUUCGCCAAAACACUGGACUCUAUCAAGUCGGGCUGGCGCUUUCUGUCAUCCCGUCCAACUACGCCAAGACGGCGGAGGUGCUCCUGUUGAUUGGCCGGGAGGGCAAGUAUCGGGCGGCCAGCACGUACGCGGCGGAUGUAGCCAAAUGGCUGGAGGGGUCCCUAAAACCGCAGCUGCGCCAGUUCCAGCGCCGCAUGGUGCAGAUCGAGUCGCACGGAUGGCAACUGACGGCUGAGGACGCGCUGCAGGUGCGCGGAAACCUCGAUGCGUGCAUGUCCAUGGUGGAGCAAUUCACAAAAUUUUCGCUGCUUAACAUGGAUGUGGUGAGCCAGUCGUGGCGACCGGUGCGAGCUUCAGCGCUACUACGCCGCUUCGCGGUGGAGGCGAUGGCGUUUGCCCGGCAGCAGCAGCACGAGUACUACUGCAACAUCGACUUGGUAGAGCCCAAAGCCGAAGUGUUCCUGGACUCCCCGCAGGUGCUCGCUAUACUGCGACUUCUGCUUGGCGACGCGCUUCAGUGCCCCAAUAUUGACGACGACGGGAACGCGAUCGUCGUACACGCGGAGCUGCGGGUGACGGUGGUGGGGCCGCAGGACACGAACCAAGUGCCGCUGGCCAUCGGGAGUCCUGCUGGCCGCGUGAGCGGUGGCGGCAGUAGUGCGGGUGGCUUUGCCGGUCCUUUCGCCCCGCCGAACAUGUCGUCGAUAGCGCCGCCAGAGAACCACAGCAGCAGCGCCGCCGCCGCCCAUGGGCUCCGUAACGUGGUGGCCUCGCCGCCCGGGUCGGCCAAGGCCAGUUAUCCGGUGAUCUACGCCCCAGUCUCCGCGGUGCAGUCGAGCAGUGAAGCCACCCCUCUUAUUCCUUCGGGUGUCAGUCUGCCGCACCGGCCUCUGCCACGCGGGCAUCCACCGCCGCUGCACGCGCAGAAGUCGCAUCAGCACCACGGAAGCGAUAUGGUGCUGCCCGACCAUAGCCACGACUCUCCUCUCGUAGUCCUGGUAGGCGACAAGGCCUCUGGCAGCGGCGGCAACGCCCAAGCUGGGGUGGAUGGUUCCCCAAACUCUGCCGCGGUGGGGCCUUCGUCAGGCUCUACGGCGUCGAGUGGCACUGGGAUGCGUGGUCUCCCAUGCGCACCCAUCUCCAACACCCUCACUGCCACCCUGCGGCGCAUUCGCUUCGAGCUUCGUGACGACGGCCCAACAAUACCGAGCCUCCGCAGCCCCGAGGCAGUGGCGAGCGAGCGCACACGCGACCACGCAUCACCAGAGAGCGCUUCUGUCGAUGAUUCUGCCGCACGCGACUCGACCUCGCUAAAGUCGGUCUCCUGCACCAGCGACUCGCUCGCUGAUGAGGGCGCCGGUGACGGGGGCGGGCCCAGCGCCGCUCUCGAAGCCAGCAGGAGCUUCACUUUUGCAGCAGCCAGCGCGCGUCGUGGCGCAGAGCUGGAGCAGGUGGAGAAGAUACUGGCCAACCUCGGCGGAGUCGUGUACGGCUUCACUCGCCCGGAUGUACCUGGGAACGUGGUACGGGUUGAGCUGCCGCUACUCGUCGUGCCGGGCUCGACCGAUGACGGGCGGGAUGAAGAGAACGGCGGCGGUGGAGGCGGAGGUGGCACAGCGGCGCCGCCGUCCAGUGCCACGCGUACCUUCACAGUGAUUGUCGCGGACAACAACCGCCUGCAUCAGCAGCAGCUCUGCCGCGUUCUUUGGGCGCGGCAGCACGCGGUCGUCCCGGUCACAAGCUUUCGCGACCUGGGGCGCAAGUUAGAGAUGAACACCGCCGAUAUUCUGCUCAUUGACCCACUCCACAUCGACAUCGCGUCCGAGGACUACGAGUCGCUGUUGGGCGACGACCCUUUUGACGACAUCCGCGUUCUGUCUACACGACUGGCUCUUGUAGUCAUGGCGUCUGACUUCAGUGACUGGCGUGUGCAGAAGCUGCUGAACCGGCACGCCGUCGUGGAACUGCCCAAAGUCGGCUCCGGCGCCCUCGUCCACAUUGCGAUGCAGGAGGCCGAGCAGCUCGUCACGGAAAUGCGGGAGGAGGAGGAGCGACUGGACCUGAUUCGCCGCACCUUCACGAACAGCUCCACCGAGCGCCACAAGGUUGGCAAGCGCAUCGGCAAAGGUGCCUUUGGAGACGUGUUCGAGGUGGAGGACACACUGACGGGCGGCAAGAUGGCGAUGAAGCGCAUGCGCCUGCACGACGGGCUGCUGGCGGACGAGGUGCUGCAGGAAAUCUUAGCCAUGACAACACUGACGCAUGAGAAUAUCAUUCAGUAUUUCUACUGCGAAAAGGAAAGCGACACGCUGCUGCGCCUGUACAUGGAGCUGGCCCCUGGCGGCACGCUGCGUGACAAGAUCCGGGAGACGCCCGGAGUGCCGCUGCCCUUCGAAGAGAUUGUGCACCACCUCUCGUGCAUCUGUCACGGCCUCGCGUACGUGCACGAGAAGAGCUACGUGCACGGGGAUCUCAAGACGGCGAACCUUCUGCUUGGCACGCGCAACCGCACCAAGAUCGGUGACUUUGGUACCGCGAAGCACUUGGCGCCGCAUCAGCUGCUCUACACGAUGGUCGGCACCCCGCAGUAUAUGGCGCCGGAAGUGCUUACCGCGGAUGCGGAGCAGAGACUCGGCUACGACUUCAAGGCUGACAUUUGGUCGCUGGGCUGCAUCGUGCUGGAGAUGGCUACUGGCAGCCCGCCGUUCGCGCACAUGGAGUGCGCGCAGGGGAUGGGGAUCAUCAAGUACCUCACAGAGCUCACGGACACUCCUGACCUGUCGCCGCUAUUCUCCGGCAACCCGCUCGUGUACGAGUUCGUGAAACGCUGUCUCGAUGUCGACCCCCAAAACCGCCCGACGGCGCAGGAACUGCUGCACUUCGACAUCUUGGAAGGCGCGGUAGCGAGUCAGCGAGCGGAACGGCUGGUGCGGCGUGCGGAGAUGCUCUACAAACUAAACAAGUACGCCGCAAUGCGCGCCGACGGGGGCGGUGGUGGGACGGGGAGGAGCACCAGUGGCGGCGGCGGUGGCCGGGAUGGCACCGCACGCCGGGGCAGAGGCCAUGACGGCUCACAGGACAGCGAAGAGGCGGAGGGUGACGAUGACAACCACAGCAGCCUCUACGAAAGUGGCGUUCUUUUCUCCAGCAACGGCAGCACCGCUUACGAGGAGUACGACGACGAAGACGAUUAUGACGAGAACGAAGAGCUGAGCGAGCACGACAGCGCCGAGGAUGCGAUGGAGGACGACAGUGUCCCGAGAGAGCAGCGCGACCAGCAGCACUCUCCUCCUACAUCGUCCUCCCCGGCCUUCAUGCAUGAAGGGGUGAAAUAG